AUGUCUUCUCAAGCGAUGACUUUUGGAUCGAAGACGACGAUUGUCGCCUCUUCUUCUUCUUUGAGAACGAGCGUCCGCAGAAAUGUCAGAUCGAACCGAACGACGACGACGAAAGCGCAGCAGCAACAACAAAGACGACUCGCCAUCGGCUCGAACAAUCAUCAUACGUCAUCGAUGAUGGUAAAAUCUUCCCCGGCGUUGAGAUCGAGAAUCGUCGGUAAAUCUUCCACCGACGAGGAUGGGUUCUCCGGUACGGUUGUUUUAGACGUCGACGAAGUACCGGAUGAGUGCGAUGUGAGGAAUCCGGACCCGAAAAAGUGCGAACCAGUGCGCUUAAAGAUCGACGACGUGUGGUACGACGCCAGAGGGUGGGCGAAAGCGCAUCCGGGAGGUGAAAGAUGGAUCCACUUCUUUGACGGUCGAGAUGCCACGGAUGCCUUCUACGCUUUGCACUCGUACGGUCCAAACGGUGCCGACUUAGCCCUUCGAAGACUCAAAAAAUUACCAAAGUGCGACCCGCCGGCGGAUACUUCCAAGCUCCCGACGGACCGACAAUACGAAAUCUCCAUGGGUUUCAGAGAAUUUAGAAAGAAGCUCGAGGCUGAUGGGUUUUUCAAAAGAAACGCUGUCAAGGAAAUCUGGGCACUGUCGCAAGUUGUCGCUUUAUACGGCGUCGGAACUGCUGUCGCGUACUCCCAUCCGAUUAUUGCCACCGUGCUCUUGGCGCUCGGCGCGGUUCAAGCGGGUUGGCUCGGACACGACUACGUCCACGGUAGAGGCAAAUUAUGUGAUUCUAUGAGAUACAUGCCGACUUUAUUGAACGGUCACUCAGUUGAGUGGUGGACGCAAAAGCACUCCAUGCAUCACACGUUUACGAACGAAGAGGACAUGGAUGGGGACGUCAUGAUGGAACCGUUUUUCUAUCUCAGACAUCCGAAAGAUUCCGGAAGGCCAGACUCUCCCAUGCGCAAGUGGCAACACAUCUACGGUUACCCUUUGUUGUCCAUCAUGUACUGGCUCUGGAGAUCGCACUCUGUCAAGGUUGCGUUUAAAGAAAAGAGGUGGAAGGAAAUCAUUUUAAUGGGUUUGAACUACGUCUGGUUGGCGACGUGCAUGCCGUGGCAAGUCGCGCUCGGCUCGGUCACGUUGGGCGGUUUCAUCGUCGGCUCUUUGGUCAGCGCGACGCAUCAAUCUGAAGAGAUUAUGGACGCCUCUAAUGCGGGUGAAUACGUCGACGGUCAGUUUCGAUCUACCAGAGACGCUGAAACUGUCUUUGGUCCUCUCGAAACCUGGAUCUGGGGCGGCAUGGACACUCAACUCGAGCACCAUCUCUUCCCUACUAUGCCGAGAUACAACUAUCACAAAUUGCGACCGAUUUUGAAAGCGUGGGCGAAAGCCCAAGGUAUUUUGUACCGAUCGAGUCCGUCGACGACUAUCAUUUCGGAUAACUGGAAGCUUCUCGAUAAAAUCGCUCACCAAGCGUAA